UCACGACUCAGGUGAGUAACACGGACUGUGACGAGGAGAAUUGUCCAGUGACUAACACGACGAUGGUUGAACAUAUUAAGAUUAUUUCAGCAAAGCAAGUUGCAGAUAUUCUUCAUUAUGACGAACUCAUUCCAAUUAUUGAAAAAGCACUUGCCGACUUUUCUGGCAGACCAGAAUCUGGCAUCAUACAACCAAUACGCACCGUGUUACAUUUACCAUCGGCGAACGGGUUUCUGGGUAUCAUGCCAGCAUAUAGUGAAAAGGAUAAUGCUCUAAGCACCAAACUACUAACGUUCUUUCCAAAGAAUACAAACAUCUCUACACAUGCAGCCCUCAUUGUGGUUUUUGACUGCUGUACUGGCAUACCUAAAGCUAUCAUGGAUGGAGAUGUCAUUACUGCACAGAGAACAGCUGCUGCAUCAGCUGCAGCCACAAAGCACCUCACAAAUGGAAUUCCAAGACAACUUGCUAUUCUAGGUGCUGGAGUGCAAGCACGGUCACACUACCAUGCUCUUUCUUACCUGUACAAAUUUCAGCAGGUGAAAAUAUGGAACCACCAUAUGGACAAGGCAAAGUUGUUAGCAGCAGAACUGGGACCAGAAGUGGAAGCAGUGCCAGAGGCCAAAGAAGCCAUACAGGAUGCAGAUGUUAUUGUCACAGUGACAAAUUCUAGUGUUCCUGUAUUGCAAGCCAGCUGGGUCAAGCAGGGUGCUCACAUUAAUGCGGUAGGGUCAUGCAGACCUGAUUGGAAUGAAAUUGCACCAGAACUGAUGCACCAGGCUGUUGUCUAUGUGGAUACAAAAGAAGCAGCUGUUAAAGAGAGUGGGGACAUCAUCAAAAGUGGAGCCACAAUCUUUGCAGAAAUAGGUGAAGUUAUUGCUGGAAAAGCAGCGGCAAGAACAACUGAGACUACAAUCUUCAAAUCUCUUGGCAUGGCAAUUGAAGAUACAGUGACAGCAAAUCUUGUAAUGAAGAAACUAGACGGAAGAACCUAAAGGAAGAUGAGCUUUUAAAACGAUUACAACUACAUGUUUGAGUGUUUUAAGUAAGCAGAUUUUCUUUUUCAAAAGCACAUGGACAGCUGCCUUUUAUCAAUAUUCAGCUGCAGAAUUAGUUAAGAAAUUUUUGUUUGUUUUCAUAAUUUUGCAUUAAAAUGCUGAACCUUUUUAGACUGUCAAAGGAUUUCUCCCAAGAUUUUGCAGAAAUGAUUUUUGAAAACAAAAUGAGGUCUGUGAUGACAUAAGUUUUGAAUGAAAUAUUUAGGACAUGACAAGAAUUGUUUCUGUUUUGCCAGAGAUCACCAUUUUCCUUUUAGCCAGAGAUCUUGUGUAGAUCAUUAUCAAACGGUGCUUUUUAUUUGUGAACUUGUCACGGGAAAGUGUUUAUUUGAAAUUGAGAUAUGCAAUACAUUCUACAAAUAGGAUCUGAACAUGUCACCAAUUAGUUGUGUGAACAUCAAUAAUCAGGAUGAUGAUUUCAUAUAAUUGAAAGUCACAUUGCUGACAGUAGAACAGGCUAGAAAUACUUCUUUCAAAGAUAUGUAGAUCAAUAUUACAAAUAAAAGUAAGAUAAAUGAUUGCAUGGUAUGAUGUGGAAGGUAAUCUAUGGUUUUGACAUGAAUUACGAUGUAAAUGAUCAAUGACAUUUAGCAGUGUUUUGGGAAAAUUGUGAAAUGCUGGUAAAUGAGAUUUAUAAACAUUUUAAUGGAAUAACAUAAGUGUGAAAGUACCUUUUUUUUAAUUCCAGUUUUUGUUAUUGAAGUUGUAUACGGAAUAUUUCAAAGAUUAAAAUCUUUUUUCGCUAAAA